UUAUUAUAUAUAAUUUAUCUCUUUCUCUCUCUCCCCCGAAGGCUCCCAGAUUUUUUGUAUCUCUUCAUCUACGUGGUCCUUACGCCAAUGUUAGAGCCAACACACAACGUUGUUCCUUUGUAAUCUCUCUCUCUGUGUCUCACUGGAUGCUCUGGAGUUUCAUGGAAUAUGAAGUCUGGUUGUGUAACUGUAUUUGCAGAUCCAAACGGUCGGAGAUCAUGCCUUUGUAGUAUUCUCCCCACAGCUUCUUUGCUUUGUCUUGUGUUCUUUAUAGGGAGUGCAUUCAUAGCUCCUAAUUACAAAGAGAAAUUAUCAUUAUGGGAAAUAGGUGGUAGUUUGCAGAAUUCCAAAAUCAGCAAAUGCGGGAAUAAUUGCAGGCCUCAUGGAAGUGAAGCAUUACCUGAAGGUAUUGUUUCCAAGACUUCUGACUUGGAAAUGCGAGCAUUAUGGGGCACUCCAAAGGCUACUUAUUACAGAGAUCUUCCACAGACUAAUAUGAGUUCCACGAGUAAUUUAUUUGCUGUGGCGGUUGGGAUUAAGCAAAAAGAUCUUGUGAAUAGAAUGGUGAAAAAGUUUCUAUCAAGCAAUUUUGUUGUGAUGCUUUUCCAUUAUGAUGGUGUUCUUAACGAAUGGAAGGAUUUUGAAUGGAGUGAUCAUGUCAUUCACAUUUAUGCAGUCAAUCAAACUAAAUGGUGGUUUGCCAAGCGGUUCUUACAUCCUGAAAUAGUUGCCGAGUAUGGUUACAUCUUCCUUUGGGAUGAGGACCUAGGAGUUGAAGAGUUCCAUCCUGAACGAUAUGUCUCUAUCAUUAAAAGUGAAGGUCUUGAGAUAUCACAGCCAGCACUUGAUCGUAACAAAUCAGAGGUGCAUCAUCAAAUUACCGCUCGUGGGAGGAGAUCAAAAGUGCACAGAAGAACGUACAAGCCUGGAAGUGGUGGGAAAGGUUGUGAUGGCAGCAGUACUGCUCCUCCAUGCACUGGAUGGAUAGAAAUGAUGGCACCUGUUUUUUCAAAAGCUGCCUGGCAGUGUGUAUGGUAUAUGAUCCAGAAUGACUUGAUCCAUGCCUGGGGCCUGGACAUGCAGCUCGGUUAUUGUGCACAGGGUGAUCGAACCAAAAAUGUUGGCGUUGUGGAUGCUGAGUACAUAGUUCAUUAUGGUCGUCCAACACUUGGAGGCAUUGAUAAAAAUGAGGCAUCAUCUAACACCCAUAAAAAAGAUCAUAGAGCUGAUGUGAGGAGGCAAUCCUACAUUGAGUUAGAUGUUUUCAGAAAAAGAUGGAGAAAAGCUGUUGAGGAGGAUGAAUGUUGGAUUGACCCAUAUCAGCAGCCAGUGGAAGAGGGUCUCCUUUAAUCUUCCGUUGAUGGUCUUCAAUUUCAAGUAAAAGAUGUAUAACAUAAUACACCGCAGCUGUUGUUGUAACAUAAGGAAAGACCCCGAUCAGGGGGAAAACAGGUAUUACUGGCAGGAUAGGUCGAUAUUGGUUAUGCUGGGAUCUUCAGCCGUGGAAUACGCUUGUACCUUUGUUGAGACAUAGUUUGGAAUACACUUCCAUUCUUCGUAUAUAUUUAAACUCCUGUAAGUUUGCCAUUCUUUGCAAAAUAUAUUUAUAUUGAUUGCAUUAGGCAGAACUAGUUAGAAAUCAAGUUAUAACUCUUUUAUUUGUAGAAUAAAUCUUGUAAUCUCUUGUACAAAAUUAAAAGCAACCUUUGCCAACUUCACUUGCUCUUGUAAGUUGUAAUAAAUUUUUUUUAUAUGUU